AUGUGCGUGUGCAGGCAGCUCGACCUCAAGGCCUCGCGGCGGCUGCCCCGGCUCUACGGCGACGUCCCCAGCCAGCUGGUGGCCAGGCCGCUGGAGGACCUGGACCCCUUCUACCGCACGCACCAGACGUUCAUGGUACUGAACAAGAAGAGGACGAUCUACCGCUUCAGCGCCAAGCCGGCCUUGUUCAUCCUGGGCCCGUUCCACCCCGUGCGGAGCCUUGCCAUCCAGAUCUCCGUGCACUCAUUGUUCAGCAUGUUUAUUAUCUGCACUGUGAUCGUCAACUGUGUGUUCAUGGCUCGCUCCAAAAACUCCAAUACUGCCGAAUACAUUUUCACAGGGAUUUACAUUCUGGAAGCCAUAAUAAAAAUACUGGCCAGAGGUUUUAUCCUGGAUGAGUUCUCGUUCCUCAGAGACCCUUGGAACUGGUUGGAUUCUUUUGUCAUCGGAACGGCGAUCGUAGACUCACAGACUCCGGUCUCCUCUCUCCGUACCUUCCGCGUGUUCAGAGCCUUGAAGGCCAUUUCCGUAGUGUCAGGCCUGAAGGUCAUUGUGGGCGCCUUGAUGCGCUCGGUGAAGAAGCUGGUCGAUGUGAUGGUGCUCACCUUGUUCUGUCUGAGCAUCUUCGCUCUGGUGGGCCAGCAGCUGUUCAUGGGAAACCUGAACCAGAAGUGUGUCAAGGAUAGCUGCGCAGGCACCACCGACUGGGCCACCAACGAGGCUUGCUUUGAAAAAGAAAACAAUGACAAAGAAUUCAUAAUGUGUGGCAUGUGGGUUGGUAGCAGAUCUUGUCCCAAUAACUCUAAAUGCAACAAAACCCGAGUGAAUCCUGACCAUGGCUUCACGAACUUUGACAACUUUGGCUGGUCUUUUCUUGCCAUGUUCCGGCUCAUGACCCAGGAUUCUUGGGAGAAACUGUACCGACAGACGCUGCGCACGUCCGGGCUGUAUUACGUGUUCUUCUUCGUGAUGGUCAUCCUGCUGGGCUCCUUCUACCUGCUCAACCUCACCCUGGCUGUGGUCACCAUGGCGUAUGAGGAGCAGAACCACAACGUGGCCGCCGAGACCCAGGCCAAGGAGAGGAUGUUCCAGGAGGCCCAGCAGCUGCUGCGGGAGGAGAAGGAGGCACUGGUCGCCAUGGGCAUGGACCGGACGUCGCUGAACUCCCUACAAGCUUCCUCCUUUUCCCCCACGAAAAGGAAGUUCUUCGGCAAGAAGCAAAGGCAAUCGUUCUUGUUAAGGAAAUCCAGGAAAGACCCCUCUCCAGGGUCAGAUUCCGAUGAAGAAUCUACCAGAAAUCCACGCCUUCUCCAGCAAACCAAGCGUCUGUCCCAGACUGUGCCCGUGGAUCUGUUUGAUGAGCGCGCCGACCCUCUGCAGAGACAGAGGGCGCUGAGUGCCGUGAGCAUUCUGACCAUUACCAUGCAAGAAAAAGAAAAAUCCCAGGAGCCUUGUCUCCCCUGUGGGGAAAACAUGGCGUCCAGAUACCUGGUGUGGAACUGCAGCCCACACUGGGUGUGCAUCAAGAAGGGGCUGCGACUGGUCAUGAUGGACCCCUUCACCGAACUGGCCAUCACCCUCUGCAUCAUCACCAACACCGUCUUCCUAGCCAUGGAGUACCACCAGAUGCCGGAGGAGCUGCACACCAUCCUGAGAACAGGCAACUGGGUUUUCACCGGCAUUUUCAUCGCUGAGAUGUUCCUGAAGAUCAUUGCACUCGAUCCCUACCACUACUUCCGCCAUGGCUGGAACAUCUUCGAUUGCAUCGUUGCUCUUCUGAGCUUUGUCGACGUCAUGAUCAACCUCUCCAACCAGCGCUGGUCUUUCUUUCGCUCCUUCAGAGUGCUGCGGGUCUUCAAGCUGGCCAAGUCCUGGCCCACCCUGAACACACUCAUCAAGAUCAUCGGCCACUCGGUGGGCGCGCUGGGCAACCUGACGGUGGUGCUGGCCAUCGUGGUGUUCAUCUUCGCCGUGGUGGGCAUGCAGCUCUUUGGCAAUGCUUUCUGUGCCCAGAAGAACGUGACGCUGUGCAGGGCGGAGGAGCGCCCGUGCGUCCGGCGCUGGCACAUGGGUGACUUCUACCACUCCUUCCUGGUGGUGUUCCGCAUCCUGUGUGGGGAGUGGAUCGAAAACAUGUGGGAGUGCAUGAACACCGCGCGGUGGACGCUGUGCAUCAUCGUCUUCCUGUCCAUCAUGGUGAUCGGGAAGCUUGUGGUGCUCAAUCUCUUUAUUGCGUUGCUGCUCAACUCCUUCAGCAACGAGGAGAGAGAUGGAAACCCGGGCGGAGAGGGCAGGCAAACCAAGGUCCAGCUGGCCAUGGUGCGCUUCCAGAAGGCCUUUGCUUUUCUGCUCCGAACUCUCCAGCGUAUCUGCUGCCAGGCACGCAGGAGGCAAGAAGGGACGAUGGAAAACUAUGCUGCCGAGAACAAAGGCAUGAAUCCUUUGGUCACUGAGAUGAAGAAGGGAGGAUUGAAGUCCUGGGAGGAGCUGGAUGGGUUUACACCAGCCCGGAAGACUUCUGGCCCAGGGCACGAUCGGAUCCCACUGGCUCCACUGGCAGAGGAAGAAUCGGAUGUGGAAGAUUUGGAUGAGGAUCAUGCCUUGCCCACCACUCCACCCAGGGCUGAAAGGCAGGUCUGUGGUCCUCCGCACGAGACCAAAAUACCCACCAGCCCAGGAGAACUGGCGGUGGAAAUUGACGUGUUUCCCGAAGAAGACACUACUUUGGCCAUACAGAAUCCACGGAAGAAGUCGGACGCGGGCAGCGUGCUCUCAGAGUGCAGCACUGUGGACCUGCACCACGGCCCGGGGUCCCUGGACGGUGACACCCCCCCUAGAAAGCAGCCUGAGCGCUGUCUGCCCACAGGUCUCAGCUGGUGCUUUCCCUGUGGCGGUGGCAAAGACAAGAGGAAAUCGCCCUGGUCGGUUUGGUGGAACCUGAGGAAAACCUGCUACCAGAUCGUGAAGCACAGCUGGUUCGAGAGCUUCAUCAUCUUCAUCAUCCUGCUCAGCAGCGGGGCCCUGGUGUCCGUGGUGAGUCUGAUCGAUUUGAAGAGCUGGAGAUCUUUCCGGACGCUGCGUGCGCUGAGGCCCCUGCGGGCUCUGUCUCAGUUUGAAGGAAUGAAGGUGGUGGUGAACGCGCUCAUCGGCGCCAUCCCGGCCAUCCUGAACGUCUUGCUCGUGUGUCUCAUCUUCUGGCUCAUAUUUUGCAUCCUGGGAGUCAACUUCUUUUCCGGAAAGUUCGGCAGGUGCAUCAACGGCACAAACAUACGCGUGUAUAUGAAUUCCUCUGACGUUACCAACCGCAGCCAGUGUGAGAGCAACAAUUACAGAUGGGUGACCCCGAGUGUGAACUUCGACAACGUGGGAAUGGCCUACCUUGCGCUGCUGCAGGUGGCUACCUACAAGGGCUGGCUGGAUAUCAUGAGCGCCGCCGUCGACUCCAGAGGGAAAGAGCAGCAGCCAGAGUUUGAGGCGAGCUCGUGCGCCUACUUGUACUUCGUAGUCUUCAUCAUCUUCGGCUCCUUCUUCACUCUGAACCUCUUCAUCGGCGUCAUCAUCGACAACUUCAACCAGCAGCAGAAAAAGAUAAGUGGCCAGGACAUUUUUAUGACGGAAGAACAGAAGAAAUACUAUAAUGCAAUGAAAAAGUUGGGAACCAAAAAACCUCAAAAACCCAUCCCAAGGCCUCUGGCGAUGUCAGAAACAUUUUCGCCGAGCGUGACCCCUAAUGACCUUAGAGGAACUCCAAGCCCAAGGCCACGGCUACGCAAGGCAAGCACGCUGGUCUCCUAUCUGGAGCGCCACGAGAUCCCCUUCCCCCCCAUGCUCUUCCGCAUCGUCCGCCUGGCUCGGAUCGGCCGCAUCCUCCGCCUGGUCCGCGGGGCCCGCGGGAUUCGAACCCUGCUCUUCGCUCUCAUGAUGUCUCUGCCUUCCUUGUUCAACAUCGGCCUGCUGCUCUUCCUGGUCAUGUUCAUCUACGCCAUCUUCGGCAUGAGCUGGUUCUCCACGGUGCCCAGCGGGGCGGGCCUCGAUGACAUCUUCAAUUUCCAGACGUUUGCAGGCAGCAUGCUGUGCCUUUUCCAGAUCACCACCUCGGCCGGCUGGGAUGAGCUACUGGAGCCCAUGCUGCGGCCGCCUGGGGUAGGGGGGGCCGGUGCCCCACUGACCCCGGAUGGGCAAGCCAGUGGCCACCAGCGUACCGUGGCCAUUGUCUACUUCGUCAGCUACAUCAUCAUCUCCUUCCUCAUCGUGGUCAACAUGUACAUCGCCGUCAUCCUGGAGAACUUCAACGUGGCCACGGAGGAGAGCACCGAGCCCCUGGGCGAGGACGACUUCGACAUGUUCUACGAGAUCUGGGAGAAGUUUGACCCCGAGGCCACGCAGUUCAUCGCGUACGCCUCCCUGUCCGACUUCGCCGACGCCCUGCCCGAGCCCCUGCGGGUGGCCAAGCCCAACAAGGUCCAGUUCCUGCUGAUGGACCUGCCGCUGGUCAGUGGAGACCGCCUUCACUGCAUGGAUGUUCUCUUCGCCUUCACCACCAGGGUGCUGGGCGACUCAGGCGGCCUGGACACCAUGAAGGCCCUCAUGGAGGAUCGGUUCAUGGAGGCCAAUGCCCUGCGGAGGCCCUACGAGCCCAUUGUCAGUACCACCAGGAGGAGGGAGGAGGAGCGGGGGGCUGCUGUCAUCCAGAAGGCUUUCCGGAAGCACCUGCUCCGGCAGCAUCUCAAAGACUUUUCUGCCCAUGCUAACUUUUAA